AUGUCAUCCAGUCACGACGAUUCAGACGGGCCCGAGAGCCGUCGGAAAAGGAUCCGCCAAGCUUGCCUUAACUGCAGGAAGAAAAAGGUCCGCUGCACUGGCGAGAAGCCUGUCUGCAGCUUCUGCCAGCGUCUCAACCAGGAUUGCGAAUACGCCGAGGAUGGACGUACUCUUCGACGGGCCUAUGUGACUUAUCGCACUGAGAGUGAACAAUUGCCUGUCACUGACAUGGAAAGGACCAUCCUAACAAGGUUUGCUUCUCUGGAGAAUCAAGUUUCUACAUUGCAAGCAACAGUAGAGAAAUUACUACCGCUUGCUUUAAAUCAGCAAACACUAUCCAACAACCACCCUAUCCAGCAACAAGCCAACACUCCAAGUACAGCCAUUCUUCAAACGCCCUUGACGACGCAAUCUACUGCUUCUGAGCGACCUCAACUACAAACCCUCCUCUCCGCCGCUGAUAUCUACUUCCGCUUCUGCCACAGCCAACCUUAUUCUCUGUUUCACGAAGCGACCUUUCGUCAACGCCUAGCCGACGACUCGCUUCCUACCUAUCUGCUCUGGGGGUUCUUUCAAGGUAACACUGCCGAUGAUGCUUCGACCUAUGCGGCCAAAGCGUGGGAGUGCAUUGAUCUUCCUUGGAGUGGUUCAGCUCCGCCACAAAAGGUCCUCACGGUUGUCCAAACUAUCAUAUUAAUCGUAAGCACUGAGGUCCCAGCUGGCCUCUGUAACCAGGCACACAUGAAACUCGGAUUUGCCGUUCGGCUUGCACAAAACAACAGACUACACCUUGAACCUAACGCAUCAAUCCCUGUCGCCGAGCGCGAGGAGCGACGGCGAACAUUCUGGUCGCUCUAUCUACAAGAUAUUCUGAUCAGUCUUUCUCGUGGACGCUUCUGUGCCAUCAGAGACGAGGAAUGCAAGGUUUCCCUGCCAUGUUCAGAACAAGCAUUCAAGGACGAGAGGGAGGAGAAGACACCUCUGCUCGAAGACCUUAUAGGGGAGUCAGUAGAACAAGAGGCUAUCGAAAAGUGCUCUCCACUUGGUUUGAUCAACGUCAUGGCAUCGAUUCUGAGCCGCGUCUCGGACUACGCACUUCACGAAACCAAUAGCCCUCACAUGGGUCUACCGUGGUCCCCGACCGCUCCCUAUUCCACUCUAUCUUCGGCCUUGCUUCAAGCUGAACAUUACUUCAACAUGAAUGAGGAUCUGAUGGAAAGCCUCAAACAGCGGUGUACUGUCAAUGGUAUGGUCGAUCAAACUCUUGCAGGGUCAUUCAUCUUUGCCAAGGCGAUGUUUCACUUGUCUCACUGCUUACUUCACCACCCUUUUCUAAUCCAACAGAGGCUUCAAUCGAGCCAGCAGAAAGUUCCACCAGUCUUCAUGAAAACAGCGUGGGAGAAAUGCAGAACGCAUGCGACGAGCAUUACAGACUUGCUCGACAUGAAGAACCAGAGAGUCAUCAUACUGACCUCGAUCUACGGAUACUGCAUCAUGGUUGCUGGAACGAUCCAUGCGCUUUCUAUGAACGACGAGAGGGAUCAUACACGACGAGAAAGCCAGAAACACUACCUUGCUGCUCUAGAAUCUUUGCAAGAUCUAUCACGCUAUUGGGGACACGCGGCUUUGAUGGCCAAACGUCUUGAACGGUUCCACAGCCAAUGCGAAAGUCGCGGCCAAGAACUGUCACCAUGCACCACAGAUGUACAGCGCAACCCGAAGGAGGUCAAUGCUCUGUGGCAAAGCGUCGACUAUACAUCGUUAUCAACUCCCACCAGGCCUGCAAGUCCUACGCUGGACGCGCAACUCACAAACGGAGGGGAUUGGGCUUUAUCAGGAGAAAUGUUUGACUUCAGUGGAUUUGGAGGGUUUGCGGAAGGUGUUGAUGUUUUCAGUAUCUCAUUUGUUGAUGGCGAUAUGAUGCUUGAAGGUGAAUCCAACAAUGAGCUAUGA